UAUUAAUUAAAUAAUAAAAUACUUCCUAGAAUGUGUGAGGAUGGUAUAUGCAGGUGUUUAAUACGAGAAGAAGGCCUAAUACUUUUUUAAUUAUGAUAUGUAAGGUGACAUUUUACUGACGAGACCGAUAAGAGUUAUUACACGGAUAAUCUCUGUGGUUUACAUUGAUUUCGUAGAUACCCUGGUUCACGCUGAUGGUCCUAACGCCGACUUUUCAUAACUAUGAUGGUCCUUACCAGCUAACGUCAUUAAUUUUUCCAGUAAGGAAUAUCCAGCCCAAGUUGUCUUCCACAUUUCUUACUCAUUAACUUCUUCUGCAGUUUCAUCUCCAACAACAACGAUAUCAUUACAGGUUUAACAACAAGAUCACUAAUGGCGCUCUUCAAGGCCUUCAUCAACAGUCCUGUUGGACCUAAGACUACUCAUUUCUGGGGUCCUGUAUCCAACUUAGGAUUCUUUAUUGCGGGGGUAGCUGACAUGAAGAAACCACCAGAGAUGUUAUCCGGCAACAUGACUGGAGUGUUGUGUGUUUAUUCGGCCUUAUUCAUGAGGUUUGCAUGGAUGGUGCGACCUCGAAAUCAUAUGCUUCUUGCCAGCCAUGCUUUAAAUGAAUCGGUUCAGCUUUAUCAACUUUCACGUUGGGCAAAAGGAAAAGGGUAUUUGCAGCCAAAGGAAGAUAAGGCACCAUCAAGUACUUAACAAUUAACAUCAGAUGCUGUCUUCUCUGAUCUUGCAUUGAUAUUUGGGUGGUUAUUUCACUUUGAUUUGUAACUUUGAAGCUUAAUGUGUUCACGGAUUUCUCAAAAUAAGCAUUAGCGAUGAUGAUUUUCAUAUGAUUAGCGUUUAUGAUAAACACAUUAUACAUAUCUAUACUAUAUUAGUUUGGCCUUUAA